UGCACAUGGCUUCGUCGCGGUUGUUCAAGUGGCGCAAAGUAGUGCAGCUUCAUCUGGUGGACCAACUACUGUACCGGGAGGAGCUGGCACUUUUGCAGCUGCAUCUUCCUCACAUCAUCAGACUGGUGCAGCGUCGGGUUCAAAUAACCAGCAUCAACAAGGUACUGCCGUUUCAGGACAACAACAUUAAGGGUCGGUUAACCAAUUUUUACAUCCUCCACAACCAUCCCGCACUAUCUUUCUAGUAGGAAAGAGGUGGGGGUAGAUGUUCUGAAAAAUGUAAUGUGGCAACCUUUAACAACAUCAUGGUGAAACUGUAGGCGUGGAAAGACCCUUGGAUCUAGAAGAGCUGGUAGGCGAGUCAGACAGAUUGCAAGGCGUCAUACGGCAGUUGGUAGAGCAGUCUCAUAUCGCGAGACGAGCGAAAGAGCGGG